AUGGCUGAAGAAACUACAGUUCCAGAACCAGAAAUUAUUAAAAUAUCGGUAUUCACACCAUUAAUAUAUGUUGGUGUUGUUUUAACUAUAUUUAUAAUAUUUUCAAUGUAUUAUAGAAAAAGAAGAGUAGCACAAUUUAAACAAAUAGAACCAAUAUUUAAAGAAAAUCAUAAUGCAUUAAUAUAUCAACAAUUGAAAACACAAUAUAUGGAUCCAAAUUUAUCAAAAGAUCAAAAACCACAUGAAAAAGUAAUGAAAUCUGCUUUAUUACGUAGAGCAGUUGAAGCAAUAAGAAGAAGUAUGAAAUUAAAAGAAAAUGAAACUAUUUUUAAUAAAUUAUAUCAAAAUGGUUUAAUUGGUGAUGAUAUGUUUAAACAAUAUGAAUUUCAAAUAAAAUUUCAAGAAUUAGAAUUGAAAGAAAUUGUAGCUGAAACUGAAAUUUAUAAAAAAAAUUGGUCACAAACUUUUUUCCCAUUAGCUCAAGAAAUUUGUUUUAAUGAAGCUUUAAGAAGAAGAAUUAAUGCUAUAGAUGAUAGAGCUAUUGAUUUAAGUAAUUUAUGGGAUUUUAAAUAG